GUAGGAACUUGACUUCACGAAUAGCAGACAUAUCGAGGCCUUCCUUGAACUGGCCGACUUUGAUCUUCUUGAUGGCGAUUUGCCUACCUGUAGCCAGCUCUUUGCCCGCCCAGACGACGGCAUAUGUGCCUUCGCCGAGCUUAUUUAGCUUUUGGUACUUGGCCACUGCAGCUGGCAUUCUAGCAAUAGUGAUAGCCUUUUCAGCAGCUCGAGAGGCAGCCUGAUGAAGACAAGACAACCCUUGACUCUCGCGUUGGUCGUUGCAGUCACUCGGGAACUUUCGCCGGUCUGCUCAUCAGCUUGCGGCACAUUCAUCAUCUGACCUCGCCAGCUGAACGACAUAAGAGACGGGACAUAUGCUCAGGACCUGUUCGAGACUAGCCCACACAAGGCCUCUCAUCCGCUCGCUGCAGAAACCCGCACGCACCUUUUCCGCAACGGCCAGCAUCAUGAGUUACAGGCAAGAGAGUGAUACAUUGGGACCGCUGCAAGUCCCUAGUGACAGGUACUAUGGUGCACAAACUCAACGAUCGCUCAUGAACUUUGACAUUGGCGGUGACACGGAACGCCUGCCACCGCCGCUCAUCAAAGCCUUUGGCAUACUCAAAAAGGCCGCAGCCACGGUCAACAUUGAGUAUGGGCUGGACCCCAAGAUUGGUGGAGCUAUUCAACAAGCUGCGGAUGAGGUUAUUUCAGGCAAAUUGCUGGAUCACUUCCCGCUGGUUGUCUUUCAAACAGGGUCUGGCACACAGAGUAACAUGAAUGCCAAUGAGGUCAUCUCCAACCGUGCCAUUGAGAUUCUAGGUGGUGAGCUUGGUUCAAAGAAGCCAGUACACCCAAAUGACCAUGUCAACAUGUCACAAUCGUCCAACGACACCUUCCCAACGGCUAUGCACAUUGCCGCCGUUAUGGAAAUCACAAACAACUUGGUUCCGGCACUGCAAGAGUUGCACGGCGCAGUGGACGCCAAGGCAAAAGAAUUUGACGAUAUCAUCAAGAUUGGUCGUACACAUCUCCAGGAUGCAACACCCCUUACGCUCGGUCAAGAGUUUAGCGGGUAUGCUACACAACUCGAGUAUGGUAUUGAGCGUGUCCAGGGAACACUCAAGCGUCUUUCACGUCUUGCUCAAGGUGGUACUGCUGUGGGUACGGGAUUGAACACAAAGAAGGGCUUUGAUGUCAAGAUUGCUGAACAAGUAACGAAGUUGACGGGUCUGCCAUUUGAGACUGCGCCCAACAAGUUUGAAGCGCUCGCUGCACAUGAUGCGAUUGUUGAGGCGUCUGGUGCACUCAAUACUAUUGCUUGUUCGCUCAUGAAGAUUGCGAAUGACAUUCGAUACCUGGGCUCAGGACCUCGAUGCGGUUUGGGAGAGUUGUCAUUGCCUGAGAAUGAGCCAGGUUCGUCCAUCAUGCCGGGUAAAGUCAACCCAACACAGUGCGAAGCGAUGACCAUGUUGUGCGCACAGGUCAUGGGCAACAAUACGACCAUUUCCGUGGGUGGAUCGAUGGGACAAUUUGAGUUGAAUGUGUUCAAGCCUGUCAUGAUCAAGAACUUGCUUCAGUCUAUUCGGCUCAUUGCAGAUGGUUCGCGGUCCUUCACGAAGAAUUGCGUGGUGGGCAUUGUGGCCAAUCGCGAGAAGAUUGCACAGAUCAUGAAUGAGUCGUUGAUGCUGGUGACGGCACUGAAUCCCCACAUUGGGUAUGACAAUGCAGCCAAGAUUGCCAAGACUGCGCACAAGAAGGGCACGACGCUGAAGGAGGAGUUUGUGGGUCUCGGGUUUGGCGAUGAGGCCAAAUUUGAUGAGCUGGUGCAGCCGUCAGAGAUGUUGGGGCCAAAGUAGGGCAUGCUAGUAGACUAUAGACGAGUAAAAGUUAGUACUAGGCUUAGUACCAGGCUUAGCACUAGACUUAGCAGGAGACUGAGUAGGAGACUUGGCAGUGAACUCAGCAGAAGACAGUCGGUCAGGAAUAACCGCUCUGUAGAUCCUGUUAUCAGGCAGCUGCAUCAGGCUUGAUAAUGCGUAAUUACU